AUGGUGCUGUUGAAGAUGAAGUUCACCCAGCAGCGGCGGGUGCGUCUGGCCCAGGGCCUGUGGCUGCUGUCCUGGCUGGCAGUGUUUUGCGGGACCUUCAUCUUUUGUCUGGGGGUUUACCUCAAGACAGAGCUGCUCCGUAGGGCCGAGGUGAUGGACAACACAGAGAUCCACGUGGUUCCCAACAUCCUGAUGGUGGUGGGCCUGGCCUCCAUCGGCACCAACUGGGUUGCAAGUCGUGUGUGUCAGGACUCCUUGGACGCAAGCCGCUUCCCCCGUUGGAAAGUUCUCCUGCUGGCUUGGUUUGCUGUAGCUGCACUACUCUGUUGUCUGCUCAUCGCCGUGGUGGUGCUCAGCUAUGCCCUGCAAGGACGAUUGGAGGAGUCACUGAAGGUCGGCCUGAGGAAUGGUAUUCGGUUCUACAAGGACACAGACGUGCCAGGCCGCUGUUUUCAGAAAGAGACCAUCGAUCGUCUGCAGAUGGAGUUUCGCUGUUGUGGGAACACCAACUUCAGGGAUUGGUUUGAAGUUCAGUGGGUCAGCAACAGAUACCUGGACUUCACCUCCAAGGAAGUCAAGGAUCGUAUCCGGAGUAACGUGGACGGUCGUUACCUGUUGGAUGCCGUUCCGUACAGCUGCUGUAACCCCGCCUCCCCUCGUCCCUGCCUGCAGUACCACCUAACAGAUAACAGCGCACACCACAACUAUGACUUCCAAACAGAGGACCUGAACCUGUAUAGUCGCGGCUGCAGGCAGGCUCUGGUCGACUACUACAUGGGCUUGAUGAAUUCAACUGGUCCUGGUGUGCUGUCAGUCAUCUUAAUUCAGAUGUCAGUGCUCCUGAGCAUGCGAUACCUGCAGACGGCCGUGGAAGGAGCCAUGGUUCUGGAGGACCCACUGGGAGACAGUGAGGGUUUUCUCCUGGAGAAGGGUGUGAAGGAAACCUUUGAGGAUGUCAAAGCCAACAUCCUCACCAUGAUAAAGUUCGCGCAGGUUGACCCCACCACCGAAGACCCUGUCCCUGAGGGUGCAGACGCCGAGAAGGCUGCUUCCCCUGCUCCUGACAGCUAGAGGGAAAAUGAGGGGGGUU